AUGACGCAAAACGUCUAUCGUAGCCUUUGGUUUACUUUAUUUGCGUUUCUCGCCCGAAGUGGUUAGUAUCACCACGACAAUCACAAGGAUUGCUGAUUACGUGAUUACAUGGUAUUGUGAGUUGGUAUGAAUUGACAAAACUGACCAUCUGACUGACUUUCUAGCUCACACUGACAAACUGACUGACUGGAAAAUUGACAGAGUAACUUGCUGAUUGACUGGCGGGCUGGAUGGCUCGCUGGAUAGCCAGCACGCAGACUGACUGACUCAGCAAAAGCCUAGUCCAAGUUCAUCCGACGUGAAAUAAAGGGCCGAGUCAUAAAACUGCAAGAUUCACCCCUGUUUCCUUACCUUUUCCAGGCAAAGCAAAUUCUCCAUCGUCAAGAACUUGGGGGGUAUGUUCAUCUCACGAGCAAUGUCAAAAUGGAGGAAGUUGCUUAAAUAAAAGUUGUCUUUGCGCUUACGGGUAUACCGGCCCAAUCUGUGAAUAUAAACAACAAUGCAAUGAAAACUUCACUUGCCAAAACAAUGGCACUUGUAAGCUGGACAGGAAGACGAACACGCGUUUUUGCAGGUGUAACCAGUACUCAGCGAGUGAUGGUCGCUUUGUGGGAGGUUUCUGUGAAAGGAAAGCUCCAUGUCACGCCAUUGGUUAUUGUUUGAAUGACGGUGUGUGCCAAAGAGAUCCUUACGUGGACGGUGCUUUUUUCUGUAAAUGUCGUGUGGGAUUUUCUGGACCUGAUUGCCAGGAGAUAACAAUGUGCCGCGAGGCAAGAGAUUGCCUUAAGGGUGCAAAAUGUAUAAAUAAUAAGUGCUCUUGCGACGGAGAUGGAUACACUGGUCAUUUUUGUGAGUUGGAAGUAACACCAGGUAAGUAAUGCUUGAAUUCACGCCAAGUGCGUAACGCCCAAAAUCACGCCAGAUAUUUAAUGUUAAAAGUCACGCUUGUUUGGUAUUGCUCAAAGUCACGCUAAGAGUGUAAUACUAAAAUUCACACCAGGCAUGUCCUGCUAAAAGUCGGCUGGGCUGUCUGUGUCUUCACUGUUUCACCUUAUCGCAGUGCGUUUUUUAUAAAUUUUUGAUUGGGUUGAAAAGACCCCCAAAAUUGCAGUCAACAUUAUGGAAAGUGCAAGGUAAGGAAGACACGCCCUUAGUAGUGGGAGUGGGAAAUUACUUUUCCAUGCAAUUAAAGUUGUAGACAGUCUGAAAUUGUUUAUGUCUUGCUGUGGUUAGGAUUAUAAUUCCCCUCAUACUGGUAUUUGUCUUUGAUUUUAAAAAAAUACGUUCCCAAGUUAAAAGUUUGUAAGAUUGCAAGAUAGUGUGCUCAUCUAGCGCUGUUAUAUAUCUAAAUCAAUUUUGCUAAAUUAAAGCAGUGAAAGUAAACACUUGCUUUCCCUUCUAACAUACAUUUCGGGUGGAUUCAUCAGAAUAUUUAGUGCUCUUGCGAAUAAACAAAAAUGAAAAACUCAAUAAUCCCAUAUUUUUAACCUACAGCGCUAAAGUAUUCCACUGUCUUCUACUGGCCUUUUAAUCGACUACACCCCGGUAUGAAAGGUAAGCACUGAAAUAAGACUUAAUGUUUGUCCUUAAGCCGAUCAGAAUCAGAGACAUUAAUCGAGGACAUUUCGAUUGAGUUUCCCAGAACCAGAACCUAACUAAUUACAAAACCCAAUCAGAAAAAUGGAGAAUAUUUCAAGAAACCGAUUCAAAAUUAAAAGCAAGCAUGCGAUGUUCCUGAAACGCGGGAGAGUGCAAGGGACUUCAGUCACGAAUGACUUUUGCUUUGCAUCUAAUUGGUUGAGAGAGUGAUGCUAGAUUUCUUAAAACAAUUACAGAUUAAAGUGACGCAAAACCCAGAUUACUUUCACCUAUCUAUUGAAAAUCACUCUACAGAGUGCACUGCCCCAUAUUUGUUGUCGUGAUUGUACAUGUAGCAACAAAACGUUAUGUUUCUCCAUGAAAAAAAAGAUACCUAGGCAAGCAAAAGAGUUAUCUUAUCGAUCAUCUCAGAUAUGGUGGCCAUAGUUGUAACCAUGAAUUUGAUUAACAUGUCGCUUAGUUUCUUGGAUUUAAAACCUCAGGUGCUGCUAAAGUGGUUAGAGAUAUACGGAUGGGAAAUGUUCUCGAUCUAAUGCAGGCAGGAGGUGGCUGGGUUGACCUUGGUAGGAAGCUGAACAGUUAUCUGUAGUAUUUAUUACUGACUGAUUGGUUAAUGUAUCUAUUGAUCUUUGAUUCUUUCUUCUAGAACCUCCUGUGCGCAACUUGCUUAUUCUCAACAUUUCUUUUUUCUUAGGCCAAGUUAACAACAGUUGCCUCGAAGACCUAAGCAAGUGUCAAGAAGGGAUUUCCGUGUCGUUCUGGCUUCAGUUUACUGAUGGGCGGCAAGUGAUAACACUUAUCAACAACGACAACACGAUUCUGUCUGUUUAUGUUAAAGAUUACAGAAACAUUCUUAUAAGUUUGAAAGUGGGCUCCAGUACUUGGAAUAUUGAAAGACACUGUUUUCCCAUGGGGUGGUUUCAUCUGACAAUUACAUGGAAUCACCGAAGUAGGUCAAGGUUUGACUAACAGAGUUGUCACAAAUGAUAGACGAUAAUCGUAUGUAGCUAUGUUUUGUGUAGGCCGAGCAAAUCGGCCAAUUUGAAGCUACUUAAACAAAAUAAAGGAGGACUAAGUUCUAAAGGUGAUUUGUGGGAAUAAAAUAGUUUUUGUCGUGACACGCUAUCAUUUGUAAUAGAUCGUCCGGGUGAGUGUAGUCCUGAGAAGGACUGUUGUCGGUAGUGGUGUCUGACGUUUCGACAACCUGAGCGGAAAUCAUCAUCAGAGUCAUAUGAAUAGUUGUUCUCAGUCGAAUGUUCUUAGUCCGAUUUGUAUAAACUGAUUGGUCAGUUUUGCCGUGAUGUUACUGGCUGUAAGACUCAAGUGGCGUAGGUCGGUCGUGAUUGGUCGCUCGUGAUUGGUCAUUAUAAUUUUUUUAGCCAAUCCCGUACUGAGAAUGUUUUCACAAUAACUUUUGAAGCGAAGGGUUUAAAGUAAGUAACGUUUGGAGUAGCAUUGAUUUCUUUUCCAACUUCCUUUCUGUUUAUCUUGAUAUUGUGAUCAUGUUCUUCUUUUUCGUACAGAAUUGCGUUAUUAUGAAAAUGGUCACCAAGUACGAGUGUCUUCCCCUUCUUCAGCGCUAAUUCGAGAGGAUGCCAGUCCCUUUGGAAACUCAACUAAGUUAUCUGUUGGAGGAAUCCAAGGACAGGGAGGAUUUUCUACUCUACGAAUGAGCGACCUCGCCUUCUGGACGCGCGCAUUGCGCAUUGAGGAAGUAGGAGACGUGUAUAAGAAGAGUAAGUUGUUUACCUCUCGCUGAAACGUGAUUUCAAUCAUCAAAGGAGUAGCCAGGAUCGAAUCCUCGCUGUAAUGGUGACCAUUUGAGUGAAAACUAAUUGUAUUAAGUGAAAUUGUUUUACUAACUAACAAUCUUUCUGUGAGGUUUGACACCUGUAUUGCCCAUAUUUUGCCAGAACUUUCAUCUCCUCUCACAACGCGCUGCCUCUCAGCUCCCUGUCCAUCAGACCAGUGGUGUGAAUAUGUUAGCAGCAAUUCAAGCAACUUCACCUGCAUGAAACCCGCUGGUUUUUAUUGCAGUUUUGACAAUGCUUCUUGUCAAUGGCAAAAUUCGUCCCACAAUAUUAACUUUUGGAGGAUUUACAAUGAAUAUGGUUCUUUACGUCAUGAUCAUACGGGGAACUCUUGCGCAGGUAUCAUAUUUGGUCUCAGCUUUUGAAAGAACUGAAGUACUCUGUCAUCUUACACUGUAAAGUCAGGCUUUGUAGAACGUAUUUACCGUGCGUUAGUUGCUGUGAGUUUUUGAUCAAGUGAUAAAGCAAUUUAGAGAGGCUAUUGCUCGUGCACACCAAAUAAAAACCCAAUCACAUCAGAUCUAAUGAGAACCAAGUUGUACAUGUCAUCGUGGAUUAGCGCUAUCAGCGUUGGGACAGUCUUCCCCGGGUAAAAUGGGGACGACGUUUAGCAAAAUUUCUUCAUUCAAAGUUAGCCGCCAUCUUGGAUUUUUCAAGAAGCGGAAGUCUUAGGAGAGUGAAUUUGUACUGAGUACUGAGUACGUACGCGUAAGGAAAAAGUGGGGAAUGGGGGAGGAGCCCAUCCCUACCACUUAUCGUUCAAUCGAACCUCAAACUAAACAUGCUCUCAAACAUUUCUUCACCAGGCUCGCGGGAAUUCCUUGGCCUAGUUUCUAAUGAAGGUAGAGUUAACAGUGAAGUCAUCAGUCCAAUAUUUUCAAAAUCGAGUGUCCUUUGGAACAAGGUGUCGAUAUCGAUGUGGUAUUACAUGGAGGGAUGGACGAGCAAAACAUUGUAUGUCAUCCUACAGACAUCCGCUGAAUAUAAAGAAUUAUUUGCCGUGAAACAACGGCAGAAUCGGCGAUGGACAUAUUUGCCAGUCAAAGUCCCUGUCAUAAGUUCUUUCCGGGUUAGUCAAGCGAAUAUUUUCUUGUGUUUUGCUUUUGUUUCUUUUAUCUUGUUUUUUGUUCAUUUUUAGUGAUCAAAGAGGCGGUGAUUCGUGAAAUGAUUUUUCUUCUGGCGUCUAGGUCAUAUUACGAGGUGAAAUUAAUGGCAGCGGAGGAAUUUUUGUGGAUGAUAUUUCCGUGGAAACUUUCAGUAAGUGUGAGAAUAACCGAAUAAGAAAAAGUAAAUGCUCUUUCGCUGAAGAUAGGCUCAAAUAGCUAGGAUUUCAGGAAGAAAAACAAUACUUCUAUGAUUCUCGUGGUUUACCGAGCUUUCUUACCGACGGCCUUUCUUUGACAUAUGAAUGGUUUAUUCAGCAUUCAGGCAGCCCUAGUGAUGACUCACGAGACAGCGGGUCUGUAAGUAAGAUAGUUAAACUCUUCAAAACGUGACCUGUUUACUCAAUCGUCGAAAAUUUCAUUUCAGGCUCUCCAACUAUUAUUCCACGGGAACUCCAUUUCUCUACCACUUUAUAUGGCUCAACGUCACUAGUUUGCACCGUCCACAAAGCCUCUAACAUAACCUGGUACAGAAAUAAUAAUCCAAUCCAACAAGACAAUCACUAUACCAUAUAUAAUGAAAUGAGAGGGGACAAAAAUGUGAGUGUGUUAAAAGUCACAGGCAUUAACUGUCAGCUGACGGGAAAUUAUACUUGCGUGACGGCAAACCAAUUUGGCAGUGUCCAGCGGCAACUUACCCUUUCCAUAUUAGGUAAGUAUAAAAAGAAUCAAAAAGGGGAGAUUAUUUGCGACAGGGUUGGUCUUCAAUUCUUUUUUCGAAGGAGGACAGUUGGCUCAGUUAAAUAGCGAUUACAAAGAAGAGAUGCUGUUCCAAUUGUUUGUGGUGAAAAUGUGUGGAGAAACACUCACUUAUUAAUUUAAGAUAGUUCAAGAUGAAAGUUUAAGUGGUUGCUGACCGUUUUUUGUGGUAUCACAUCGAUAACACAGAGCGCUGUGUAUGGUUUGUGAGGAAAAAUAUUUUUUAAACUGUUGGUUUUUGCUAUUUCUUUUCAUCGAAAAGAUUACGGAAAGGACACUUUGUAAAGUUAAGUCCAUUUGCGUAGCUUUGUGCAAUCAAGACCUCAUGUGAGAGGGGGACGACAAUCGAUUUCACUGGAACAACUGAUGAAAUAACUUACAACGAAGCGAUAACGAACUUAACGACAACUGAAAUAUCGAGAGGAUAACGAAGAAGAUUGAGAUGACCACGAUUAAGUUGAAAACAGUGAAGGCGAAGGGUUAGAAGAUGACGACAAAUUCGAGGCGUUGGUGACACAGAUUGAGACGACAACGAAGAGAAUCGAAACGAUGGCGACGAAAAUUGAGAUGUGACAACCAAAGUCGAGAAGUUAAUGGCGAAGAUUGAGCGGACGACAAUGACAAAGUUCGAAAUGAUGACGAUGAAAAUUGAGACGACAACGACAAAAGUUCGAGGCCACGAUGGCAAGGAUUGGAAAAAAUGAAGACUGCAAUAGAGGCGAUGAGGACUGAGAUCGAGACGUAAACCAAGGGGCCGGAUGGAGACAAUAAAUGUGGAGAUCGGGGCGAUGAUAAGGGAAAAUGCAGAUCGAGAAGAUGAAAACGAUUGACAGGAUGGGAAAUAGGGUUCUAUCUUCCAGUUGCAAAUUUUCUUAUUUUCGUUUUGUCUCUGUUUGACAGAUGUACCUCGACCACCUUCAAAAGUGAUGAUAGACAGAUAUUCAAAGCGAAUUAGAUGGACGGAGGAAUCUGGGUAUGAAUGUCUUCCCAAGUCAUACUUUGUGGUGGAAUACAAGAAGAACUUGUCGAAGAAUUGGACAUUCGCUGGUUACUUUGAUCACGGAGUAUUUGAUCUUGUAAAUGUCUCUAAAGGUGAAAAAUUUAACGUGAGAAUUUUCGCCAAGAACGUCAUCGGAAGUAGCCCAGCAUCUCUCAUUACUUUUUGGACAAACAGUAAGUUCAGAAAAUAUUUUUUCUGCUACUAAGGGGGUGGGGCGGGGAAAUGUGAUGUUUCUUUUAUCAGUUAGGAUGCUUGAGUUAUGUAAUAUUUGAACGUUUAAGAAUAACGCAACUAAUAUUUGUUUGUUUACUUUUUUCUUUUUCUUCUUGAGUUAAGCCAAGCGAGAUCCAGCUCUUUGUCAAUGAUACGGCUGUCCAGAACUCAGAGAGGAUAGUUUUACACAGAGGGGAAUCAGUGACCUUAACAUGCGUUGUUAAAGCCGAACCGGCGCCUACUAGCUUUAUCUUAAAGUUUCCCUCUCAUCACAAUGUAUUCAUAAAUUCACAGCACCGGAUCAACGGAAUAAAAUGGCAAAAAAUUCUUCGUUUAAAGAGCAUGAACUGUCUCAACACUGGUUCCUACUCUUUUGAGCCACACAACAGAUUGGGAAGUAAUGGAUCAGUAUCUGUUAAGUUGGCAAUCAGUGGUGAGUGUGGCUUCGAUUGUUCCAUGCUUUUGAACCCAUUUGCAUCACUUGCUAACUUCCAGAAGGGAUUGACAUGUAAAUUCUCCUGCAAACAAUUUAUGAGAUCGAAGAGACAGACUCAAUUAUCAGCUAACUGGUGUUCUCUUGGUACAAUACCAUAUUAUCUUAACUGAUUUACAAGGAAAUGUGAAACAGUUACGGGAGAGGAUCACCGGUUGAUCUUGGGAGAUAAGGGGUUAUAAAGAUUAGAAGAAAGAGGCAGUGAAAUGCUAAAGCUUUUCCUUAAAAUUUUAUUAUAUUAUCAUCUUAAAAAUUAAAAAACACUUAAGUAAUGUAUAACAUCGUCAAAGCUCACUUUUCUAGUUAGUUUCAAGGAGACUACUGGACGAAGGUGAAGGUCAUAGCCGCCUUGAAAUUACAAAGAAAAAUGAGGUGGCUCUGAACACCAUUUUAAAACGUUUUGGGUUAUUGUUAGUUGCUGAGCAAUUGCCCACCUUCUUCUUCCCCAACUCAACAACAGAGAGUUGAUAACGAGAGAAAUGUUUGGUUAGGGGAGGGGUAGGUGCAAAGUUUCUCGGAUACUGACUUUGAUCCAACGUUUUCUUGAGUAACCUUACUCUGUUCGGUAGUUCUCCAAAUUUUGACCGCUUUCUUCCACCUUUUCUUUCUCUUACUUGUAUAGAACCCGAUCCACCAAAAAAAUUCAACGUCACCUUCAUCAACAUCACGUCUGUAGUCAUAUCUUGGUGGGCUUACUGGUGUAAUGAAGCAUUACCACGUGAGUUACGCGUGCGAUAUAGAAAGCAGGGUUCAGCUGUUUGGACGGUAACAAAAUACAAGUAUCCAUCUGGGAAAAUGGUCCUAAGGAGACAGUUUAAGUACAAAACAGAGUACGAGUUUAAAGUAUCCAUCGCGUAUAAUGGUCUACGGAGCAGAUACAGCAGUGUCGUUAAAAUACGCUCUCCUGGUAUGGCCAUUUUCUAUUUGUAAAUAAAGUUUUCGAGUAAACGGUUCAUCUAGACUCUCCCCCCUCCCAGAUUAAAGUUCAUGCAAAUAUCGCUGAGGGAAGGGAAGACGCAAGUCGCAAAACCAUUAUUGGUUGAUUACCAAACGUACUCCUUAACUGCAUUCGAGUUUCUUAACAACGCUCUGAGUUUCCUUUAAAACCCACGCCAUCUUCAUUGGAGAAUGGCAAAACUUUUAUCUAUUUCAAGAUUUGUGUUUGUGUUCAGGUCUAGCCAUCCUCAACUAUCAAGUGAUAGAAAUCUCAAGCUCGCAAUUUAAUUGCUAAAAAGAAGAGGGCUUUUAUUGCUAUCCUUUUGUACUUCAACGGAGAAGCAGUUUAUGACCAGUUACGACUUCAAUGGUCUGUCAACGAAUAUUUACUCUGGAUUUGAGCCCUUCAGAUUUCUAAGAUAUACUCAGCUGAAAUCUCAGGACGUCGUGGGACGUAAACGUUAUAUGUGGUGAACAUGCAUUGUGAUGAAUUCAGUGAUAACCAUUUAUAUCCCAGUGUAUCGAUCACGACUCAAAAUAACUCAGUGUUAUCUGAGUCUAGCUUAUUAAUCAUUAAUUCCAUCAUUUAUUCAGUUACUGAUUGCAUUUGUAUUUCGUUUGAUUGAUUUUUUUUAAUUUGUUUGUUUAAAUUAGCAGAUAUUACCAAUGUAACUAUGACCAGCAACUUCACAGGUCCAGCUAAUAGGACAUUGAUAAUCUACUGCUUUUCAGUCAACCUCACUGCUGUUUCUUUUUCUUGGACCAAAGACUCUGUGACCCUGCAGGCUUCUUACCGCAUGAAGUUUGACGUCAACAGCAUGUUUUCUGUAUUGACCAUAAGAUUUACCAAGAAGACUGAUUCAGGGAACUACACAUGCAAAGUCAGGUACAAUCGACUCUUCUCUUAAUUGAGGUAAAGCUGUCAUCGAGGAGUGAAAAAUAAAAAGGUGCCGGAAAGAACCAGUUUUUAAUGAUGCCAAAAUCAGUCUAGGAUUCCGAUUCAUCGGAAUUUUUUUCAUGCUAUGAGUGUAAUAGCGGAGUUUUAAUGCGCGAAGCGCGCAAGCGAUGCCUUAUACCAAAUAAUAUCCAAUUCAUGAUAUUCUGAUACUAUCAUCCAAGAUAAAAACAGCCGGAACCUCAACUGUUGGCAAAAGCAAGGGGAAAAAUAACGUUUCAAAGGCAGGAAAGGCUAAAAGCAUUUCCUUAUGACAGUUUUUUGGCUCCAUCUUGAACCCUGAAAGCUUCCAAGAGUUACUUGAUUUUUCCAAGCCACUUAUGAUACUUACCUAUCAUUUCUUCGUCUUUUAUGUCUAUAGCAACUCGAAAAUAAUUCUUGAAGAAACGAUAGCUGUGAGUGUAUUAGAGCCUCCAAGGGUACAUAUCAGUCCCCUUGUAAAAACUUUAUUUGAAGGUACGUCAUCAUGGUGACACGUAAACGUCUGAGAAGUCCAUAUUCCUGAUGAUAAUAGAAUUCUCCAUACUUGACAACCAAUCUGUAUUGUUCUGUUUGUUCAGACGAAUUCGACGUUGCUCUUAAUUUAAAAUUUGAUUCACUGUUCUCGUCGACCUAUAUGUUUCUAGGGAGAAAUGAUGGUGUUUGUAAUUAAAAGAUUGAGACUUCAGUAUCAAAAAUAACCGAUUUUAAGUGGGUCAUGAUUACUUUUGUACACCAACAGGUCUGCUGCGAACGUGGCGUCAUGUAAAGGCGCUUUAUACGACGUAUAUUUUUUCGUUUCAGCGGACAGCGCCUCUUUUCAUUGUCAUCUGUUGCGUGGUAACAUAUCACAGCUACACGUCACUUGGUACGAAAAGGCGGGAGACAAUCCAGAGAAACUUGUGAGCGACAAAAACGACUCCCUGUCACUUAAUCUUAAAGGAACUCUGCCAAACAGAAAGGACAGUCACGUGUCAUUUUACAGAUGCCUUGCGCGAAAUAAUGAUGGUGUAGGUUCCAGUCCCUUAGCCAAACUAGUAAUACUACGUAAAGGUACGUAAAGGAGGUUUCUGAGCUGUGCCAUUUGUUGAAGUUCGUUCAUUACACUGUACGGUAAUAAAACUGUUUCCUGCGUAGGAUAUGAAGCUAUCUGUGCAAGUGAAGAAUCCCAUGGAGUCACGUGGUCGGUGACGUUGGCCGGGAUGAUUGACGAGCAGCAGUGUCCCUAUGCUAUUGGUAAAAAUAAUUUUACUGACUUUUGAGACUUAAUGUAGUUACGUAUCUGAGUGUCUAAUGAUUACGUUGUUGCUACUCAGGACAAGCAAGGAGAAGCUGCAUUAAGAUCGGCCCAAAAUCUGCAGAGUGGGGAGAAGUUGACCUUUCAGACUGCACGUCGCUUCAAGUAAGGGCAAUACAUGAUGAGGUAAGGAGGCCCGAGCAUCGAUCAUAAUGUAAAAUAAUUUCGGAAUGUUUGUUACCCAGGAACUUUCUUUUCAGAACAUUGAGUUUUCAGAGCAAGAAGAUUUCUUUUCUUUUUUUGAGCUUUUCCGAAAUAUUUUUGAGCCUGUUUUACUUCAUCUAUGCCUCUGAUCUCUGUUAACGCCUUCCUUCCCAUGAUAGUAUAUUGCGUUUCGUGAGUGUUUCAUUUAAAAGACAGUGACUGCUACUCCACUCGGAAGCUGCUCUUUUUUUCCCUUAAUCCUGUAGGUAAUAGCACUGACAGAGGGUUACACAGUUAGCAGAACUUUAAGCAACAUACUCGAGGAUUUUCUAAACGCCAGUAAACUCUACGCGGCCCCAAGUCUGGAGGAGAAACCGCGCUCGAUGUACGUGAAAGAUCUGGCAACUUCUGUUGAUGCACUAACAAGAAUGAUAAGGUACAAUGCUGGACAACGAGAGAAGCCUCUGAGCAAUAACCACGACAUCAACAACUUAGUAAAGACUUCCAGCAACUUACUGAAACUUUCCAAUUUGCCAGCAUGGAAGAGUGCGCUUAAGGUAUUGACAAAGUGUGUACCAAUCUCGAGGUUAUUGCGACAAGCCCCAUGAUCUUCCUCUUGCAUUUUCCUCUUCCACAGUUCCCUUUAAUAAAUUAUAUUUUAUAACAAAUUUUAUAAUUUCUUCUUUUCGGCCUUGGUGAUUGAAUAUUUCUCCUUUGUCACACGCUGGUAACAAAACUAUUAAGUUCCUACGUAUCUAUGAAACUUUCAGCUCUUAGCUGUUAAUGUAGUUUUAGUGUUUAAUAUUCUUGUCUGUGUUUUAAGCACAAAUUAUAUCAACAUAUGUUAAUACUGGAUACCUGUCUUUGCAGCUCAACAAGGUUAUCUCAGGCAGCUAGAUCCCAACCCCUAGUUUUAUCAAUAUAGAUAAACCAAGCCUGUUCUCGAAUGGGUGCAUAUUCGUGGAAGUAUUUUGUUGUUGUCACUUUUGUUGUUUUGUUUUGUACGUGGUGCUGCUGCUGUGAUUGUUUUUGUUUGCCAGCUGAAUACAGAUUGGAUGUUUCUAACUCGUCAAAAAUGAUCAAUAAUUCCUUCAUCUUCUCUCUUUUUCCCCAGACCACCAGUGACCUGGCGUACCAAAUGAUCUCAGCUAUUGAUGAGUAUGGCCAUCAUUCCAUUAACAAGACAAUUGAUAUCCACAUAGAAGCUGCUAACGUUGUUUUGAUUGCAGUCAAAGUUUCGGUCAACAGUUCUGUAAGUGAAGUUGGUAUAAGGCAAUAUUUUAAUUUAAUUCAAAGAAUGCACUCGAAAUUUAUCCUUAUCCCCAAAGUAUAAAUUUGAGCAAAUGUAUAAGGCUGCGGAUAAUCUUCUCCUCGGAGAAAUUAUGAGAAGAGGUUUUUACAUUUUCUAGUGAUAAGCACUUUCUAGCACUCAAAAAAUUGCAUGCAAGCAUGGCGUCAAAUUUGUGUCAACUUGAAUGGAAACAAUUUUAUAGGAAACAGUGGGAGACAUCUACAGUUUUCUAUUUUCCUUUAUCGCCUGCAGACCUCCGCGAAAGGCAUUCAAAUAACUCAGGGUCAAAGCUCACUUGCUCUUCCACCGACGCUUUUCAGCCAAAGCAACUCCUCAGUGACUGUGGUGAGCGUGUUUUUCUCUACUCUGGGUCAAAUUCUCACUAGCUCUGAGGCUCUAAACAUUUCCUAUUCCAGUGGAUCGGAUUGGCUCAUCAAUUCACAGUUGGCGUCAGUAACAGUCAGGCCAAGCCCACCUCAUGUCAUUCAACCGCCCUUUAAAUUGGCACUUGAGACGAACAAGGUAACCCAUUAAUUGUUGUCAACUUUAUUGAUGGUAUUCCAUCGGUUAGUUUCUACUAAAUCAUGUUCAGAAAUAAUUCAUUUUUCUAUUUAUAUAGGUGGCUCUUGCCGGAGCUAAGAGAGCUUGUGUAUUUCUGAACUUAAGAACAAAAAAUGACACAGCUUGGUCAACAGACGGAUGCAAUGUUGUCUCCUCGCACACAAACAGAACAACUACAAGCUGUGCGUGUGAUCACAUGACCGUCUUUGGAAUACUGAUGGAAAUAAAUGGUUACAAGGUAACAUCUGAUCCCAAUUUAUGACCCAAAUCGCCAACGUGUUCUAGUCUGCGGCUUAGAUGUUGGGGUACCCAACCGCAAAGUCGAAACUGACUUGGGUAAAAGUUAAGGUUACCAGGCUUUCGAUGUUAUUGCAUUGCAUUAGAAACGAACAUGGUUGAUUUGAAAUCCAUCAACCAUUCCUACGAUUUAAAAGCGUAGUGGCAGACAUCUCCUUCCCAUGGAAAAGGUUCUCAAGGCAAAAUCAUGCUGCGCAAAGCUGCGAUUGAUGGACUUACGAGGCAAAUCUUAUCGUAGUACUCGUUUGGCCCGUUUUGGAACUGCGUGCAGUGGAGUUGACAGGCAGAAACGAGAAAUAUUGCAUGGUUGAAUCCGCUAACACACCAAUAGCCACUUUCAUUCUGCAAGUAGUUCACAUCCUUCCUAACUUCUGGGAAAGUAAGAUUGCUACAUGCAAAACGUUUACCCGCAGUUUGCCACAAAAGGGUGGCAACCUCGUCAUCAAAUAAAGAAAAACACGACAAGUUUCGUGAAUUUAAUUGGUAAUUCCCUGGUGCAAUAUUCUUAUCACAUAAUAAAUCCUUUAUUUACCAAACUUGUUCGGUUAAGUUGGCGGAGCAUCAGCCGUCUUGGUUCAUAAUAGUGCAAAAAAAUAAGUUGGCAAAUAGUUAGUCCUCUAAACCUCACGUUUGUGUGGUAACGCACAUAAAUUAUCUUCGUUGCAGGAAGAAGAUAUCAGGCACCGCGCCACUCUCUCAUGGAUAUCCACAGUCGGUUGUCUGCUGUCUCUCGCUGGGAUCCUGAUCACAUUGUUGAUUAUGGUUCGUUUCUGGAAGAACAUGCGCUCCCCAAGAACAACAGUUCUCGUAAAUCUCUGUGUUGCCAUAGCAGUGACAGACGUAUUAGUGGUUACCAUGGAGAUUAUUGAUUUGGAAAGCAAGGUGAGUGUCUGUCACUUGGAACAAACCAUUGAUACAGUUAUAAAGUACUUCAAUUAUAUAAAAAAAAAAAAGUCAGGCCUGAGGUAAUUCUUCGAUCGGGAGUUUUAUCUACCUGUUAUUUUUAAAAUUCCUGCGGUUUGGGCAGUUUGAGGUUAGGAUUGCAUGACUAACUUUCAUGAAUAUGAUUAUUUAUUAAAUAAAUAGCAGCCAAGAAAUCCUUACAGUGCCACGUUUGAAUCAUAAAAGAUUUAAGUUAAGAAAAGUACAUUAAAAACAAGAACCAAAUCCUGAUUAACACCAUAAAUAUUAUUUGUAGAAGAUGGUUUUCAGUUGCAGCAUUUCUCUUUUAUUAACUGAUUUGUUUUCCUUACUCUCUAGACCGGAUGUAAAGUCAUGGCUGCCCUUCUCCACUUCUCUUUUCUCUCCAUAUUCUGUUGGAUGUUGUCAGAGGGGGUUCUGCUGUAUUUCUCCCUUGUUAAGAUUAUUGGAACGACUGUUUACGCCAAUGUUCAAGUGUUUUACGCUCUUGGGUGGGGUAAGGAAUUUAGGUCUGAUUUGUUACAGUACGUUGUAGUUCAGGUGUACUUCUGUAAGUCCUUGAAACCAUGCGGAUCAUGCAACAAAUAACACCUGCACUAGCCCAAAAAAAGAUUUUUUUUCUCCAUACUGUGUUCUAUACAUUUCCUAAAGUGCUGACAAGGAGAAUUUGUUUAACAAUCAAGAGCUUUUUCAGUCGGGAUCAUUUCCUUUAUUCUCCUGUCUUUACCGUGUGAUUUAGGGGUGAUAUUGUAGAGAGAGAUUAGAUGCUGGUCAGCGGUUAAAGGGUUAAGCUUAGGAUGUUCCCUUACUGAAUCGUCUAUCAUAGUUUCAUGCACAAUAAUCACGCUACUUGGCAGAGUUUGUGAAUAGCCGUCACUCGUACGAAUCUACAACGUAAGAAAUAGAAAUUUUUGUAAUUUAAGUAAGUUAAACUGAUCAUUGUGAAUUGUUUCAGGUCUUCCUGUUCUCGUUGUAUCACUUACCUUGAUUGUUACUCAGAGUCGAGGUUAUGCUGAUAGGCAGUCCUGUUGGUUGUCCACGCGAAAUCACAUGAUAUGGGCUUUUGCAGCUCCUGCGCUUCUUAUUGUUUGCGUAAGUUUUCAUUACCUCUUGUGUGGUCAAUAAUGACAAUGAACAUGUGGGAAACUAUAUCAUUAAAACCGACAAAUUAAAAUUAUGUAAGAAACAAGGCAUCCACCAAUCAGUUAACCGGAAGUUGACAACCUUUAUCAUUUCAUUCCAGUAAGCCGGUGACAAAAUUUUACUAUUUUUUUCUUCUCAGGUGAAUAUCGUGGUCUUUACUUUAGUUAUCUAUAGCAUGCUUUCAAGCCAUCGGCUUAGAAAAGAACCGCUGACAAGAAGAUUCCAACGUGGGCUCAAGGCCUCAUUUGUCCUUUUCCCUGUUCUUGGAUUGUCAUGGUCUUUUGGUGUUUUAACCAUGGUCACCGAUGAGAUCGUAUUCAACUACAUCUUUGCUGUCUUAAACUCGCUGCAAGGAUUUCUCAUUUUUAUCUUCCACUGUGUUUUAAACAAGCAGGUACGUGUUGGGUGACGUUUCACCGUGCACCACCAAAAGCCAGACUACCUUGGCCACACCGGUUUCUUUAACAGAGUUUCCCUUACGUUUGGAUAAAAUUCCUUCAAGCUAAUGAAUGCAAUCUAGGAAGUGACUGAUCCAGCCAAGCUGCGCUAAUUAGCGGCAAAACUUCCUUUAAAAAGAGUCUAGCCGGUCUUUUCUAGCAAAUGGCAAGUGCCCAUGAAUUACCCAAAAUUGAAUUAAUGUAACUGUAGAUGCCAGCUCAUCUCAGGAACCAGUAAUUGCCAAUUGAGGCUUAUACUAAUCAAAAGCGCCGUGUUCUGAGAGUCUAAGAGACUUGAGUGUCUAACUUUAAAUGCUCGGGCCGGAAAAACUGGAAUCAACAUCGAUGAUACCUUAGUGCGUUCACAAAAAGUGGAAAGACUCAGUGAAUUGAUUAUCAUAAAUAACUAUAAAGUUUGUUUUUAAAUCUCAAUUCAGCUUCGAGAAGUGUUGACGGAGAGAAGAAGAAAACGAACAGGCCGUGUAACAGAUACCAGGGUAGCACAGUCGAACAGGAAACUCAGUACAACAACAGGAGGUAAACAUCUGAGAGUAUGAGAUUGUCGAUAAAAUGUUGCGAGGGUAUGCUUCGCCUUGGGUCGCAGACUUUUACUCUUUAAUGUAGAAAAUUUUGGCUGAAAGGGUACCCCAUAUACUUCUUGUUAAAAAAUGGCAUCUCUUUUGUGCUGGGCACCCCUCAGAACCCAUCAUAGCAGCCCUUCGCUAUCGAAAUUAUUCUUGUGGAACGGAAAACUUGGAAGUCAAGGUACAUUAAAACGAGAAAAACUGCGGGGAUCUUGUAACAUAUUUUAAAAGGUGAUAAAUCAUUAAGCUGCAUAUUGUGAUCAUGAUCUGACCAGCCUCCUGACCUCUCUGAAAAUGAAAUUUCUUCUUACGAACUUUUGUUAUCCGGUACGAGGAUUGUAAGACACUGUGGUCUUAUUGAUAAUGAAUCAGACUCUGAUCGAAAGACGAUUUACUGUGCUUUGACUAAUAUGAAUUCUUUUUCAAGUGAAGACAGUCACACGAGUGCUUGAAGUAUGAAGCUCAUUUUACUUGUUAAAAGCAUUAAGGAUACAUAUAUUUUUUUCUUUACAUGUUUAGCCCCCAACAGUCGCCUCAGUUUAGCCACUCCUCUCAAACUUCUAAAUCUUUACCAGCACAGCCCAGAAAUUUCACCCUCACCCCGGCCCUCUCCGACCUCGUGUGCCGUGCGUGCCUUCGAGGAAACGUCACUGGUGUCAGCAAGCCUUGAUACGACUCGAGUGAAUCAAAACAACUUGCUACAGACCGGGAAAGGUAAAGAGAAAAAUAACACGAAAAGCCAAGGUAUUAGCUCAUGAAAAGAAUCUUAUUAGAAGGUAAAAUUAUGCGACUUUUGUAGCAUCGAAGUUCAGUUAGGCAAAUAAGAAUUUAAUUUGCCAUCAAGGGACAUACUCGCGUUAUGUGCACCCUGGAUGACUCAGUAAAGAUGAAAUUUAGGCUCACGAGGUGUUAUAGGAGAGGCGCGCUUCCUUUGGUUCUUGCUUUCCUUGGAGUGAUCGAUUCCAGUCUUCUCUCACUCGAAAAUACGCGAAUAGGCGGAUCGCGACUGGGCAAGGAAUAAUUCAGACAUGUGACAGGUACGAGUUCGUUCCCAUUCCUUAGUUAGUUAGCAGGCAAAUUUUCAGUUAAAAAUGCUCAUUACAAAGAAAAGUGUCAAAGAUAUGUAAGUAAUAUCCUCAUGUCUGAUAAAACAAAACUUAUGGUCGUAUAUGCACAUCAUUGUGAACAGGAUGUAAUAUGUUGUCAACGACACGACAUGUCUCAAGUAAACUUGCGGGCAUAGAAGUUUCCUUUUCUCGACGGAGUGUUAUGAAAUCAAAACCAGAGUAAAUAAAACGGCCUAUCAGAGAGGAUGAAUAUGUCAAGAGAGCCAAUUAGCUUGAAAACAAGCACGCCGCUGGAAGCGUGGGAAAACACAAGCAACUAAGUCGCAACUGGUUCUUGUUUUGCAACUGAUUGGUUGAGACGGUGGGGCGAGCUUUGAAGACCAAUCUUAGAGUCAGAAAGGAAAACUUGUGAAGGAAAACUUAUGAUGAAAAAUUGCCGAUGCGUGUAAAUUUGACUCUAUUUAAUGCCCUAUCGUUUUGUUUUUUUGUUUCGUUUUUUUUUUUUUUUUAUCAUCAUUCAGAGACUUCUGAGCAAGUAACUUAUCUAACAACGACGGAUGAAUCUUUCAAACCUUGUGAUAUGGAUGAGAGGGACUGGACAAGCCUGGAGUCAUCUUCUGAAUCGAUAAUCGAUUUCAAUGCCGACGGAGAGUUCAAGGUAAGUUGGGUAAAACACGAUAUUGAGAAUUGA